UGUUAACUCUGCAACGUCCGACACAACAAACAUAACUAUCAGCAGCUUAUCACCGCACAACACGACAAACUUUCACCGGCUUAACACAGAGUUCUGGAUUUAUACACGCUACCCAUAUACAACGAGAUAUGUAACAUAUAGCAGUUAAGAUGAAAAACUGCUGCCGUCUUCUCCUGGCCAAAUCUGCUGCAGUUUUGCCUGCAGCCUAAUGAGCACUCAUGCACACUAUGGCAACAAUCGGUCCAUGCUCGGAUGCAGAGGACCUGUUGGCUUCUAUCCACCUCGAGAGGUAUCUAAACCACUUCCGUCAGGCCGGCUUUCUCCUCGCCCGAGACUUCUGUCAUGUGGACAAUGCAGCCCUGAACAGGGUAGGAGUCACUGCCACCGGCCACAGGAAGCGGAUCCUCAAACUGGUGGAGCACACUCAAAUGAUCUGUCAGCAUCAAAGGAAAGAGCCACUGCUAGAUCGCUGUAAUUCAGAGUCGGACAUUCACGAGGUGACCCCUGUCAAAGCGGAGCCUCUUUCCCCUUCAGGACAUUCUGGAACGUCCUUUGAAGCCUUACGUAACAGAUCUGCCCCGAAUCUUUGUGCACAAGUGAAACGUUCAUACUCUGAGCGCAGUGCUACUGUCGUGAAGCCGGUACCCAAACCAAGAACUGUCUUCCACAAACUAACAGAAGAAAAGAUUUCUUUACCAACAAAACAUAUAGCUGUAGAUGAUCCGAGUUUAUUCUAUACUACGUCCAGAACAGAUAUUGUUAAAACGUUUACUGAAUCACCGCAAAGAUUUGCAGAGACCUAUGGACCAUCACCCCCACUACCCCCCAGGUUAAAUCGAGGAAUCCUUCCCACCACAUUGAAGAGAAUGUCAGACGAGGACCGGCACAGCUCCUCAACCCUCUCCACCCCCCCUGACUCUCCCUCCGGUUAUCAGUGUUCUCCUUUCACCAACACACCCGGUUCACCCCCAAGUCCUCCCUGCUCAGGGCUCGAGAUGGUCUCGAAUGAAAUCUACUGUGGCACUUUAUCAGACACCCCUCGCACGUCGUGGAGUCGCUCUGUACCCGUUCCCCCUCCGCGCCAGGAGGUCAGCCCAUCUACUGAAAACCAUAGCACUUUACAAAAUGUUUUUGAAACACCUGCAAGAACGUCUGCAUCUGCUGAGGAGGAUGAUGAAAUGAUCAACCCAUACUGUGAAACAGUUUUUCAAAGCAAGAGACAAUAUCAACAUUCAGAGGCUGAGAGGACCAAAAGUGAGGAAAUGACUGGAACUGCAAAUAAAGAUAAAUUAAGAGAUGAUGGGCAGCGAAAUCAUUCUUGGUUGAAGCGUCUUGAUUCUCCAGGUUACUGUACAGUGGGUGAGCCCGCCCCGGCCGCUCACUCCUUCUCCCUUCCUUAUAACAUCUGCUCCAAUGAAGCGGACGAGGACCACACCAUCUCUCCCUAUGCCAGUUUUACCUCACUGUCCGAGCGGGUGGCACCCAUCCUCAGCGGCUGGCUAGAUAAACUCUCUCCUCAAGGGUACGCCCCAGCGGGUCUGCUGCUCUCCUCUCACCUGCUCACUUCCUGCUGUCUCCUCACAGACUGUUUCUGCCCUCUGUCUGUCCUCUCUAGCCGAAACUAUGUAUUCCAGAAGCGAUAUGUGAAGUUUGAUGGGAAGAACUUGAUGUACUACGGUAGUGAAAAGGAUGCUUAUCCCAAAGGCGUGAUUCCCUUAGCUGCCAUCCAAAUGGCCCGUCUAGCCAAAGACAACAAAUUUGAGGUCGUGACAAGUCACAGGACAUUUAUCUUCCGUGCCGACAGUGAUGUCCAAAGGAGCAAAUGGUGCAUCACAUUGCAGGAGCGAGUGAAGGAACAGCUGGUUUUCGGCCGCCCACGUUUUGGCCCCGGCAGUCACUGCCAAAAGAGUGGUUUCCUGGAGCUCAAAGGAACCAAGUCAAAGAUCUUCGCUGCCAUUAUAAUGGAGCAGAUCUGGUUGUACAAGAGUGAGCAGUGCUUUAAGAAUGGGAUUGGAAUUACUGUAAUUGAGGCCAGAGGUGCUACAAUUCGUGAUGGGAAGGGCAAGAGCUUUGAUCUCAUUACACCUUAUAAAACCUUCAGCUUUACGGCAGAGUCAGAUCGAGACAAGAGGGACUGGAUGGAGGCCAUACAGGAAUCUAUAGCAGAAACACUAUCUGAUUAUGAGGUGGCGGAGAAGAUCUGGUCCAACAGAUCCAACAAGAUCUGCGCUGACUGCAAAGCCAUCAAUCCAGACUGGGCGUCCAUCAAUCUCUGUGUGGUCAUCUGCAAGAACUGCGCAGGCCAGCACAGAGGUCUCGGCACAAUGGUGUCGAAAGUGCAGAGUCUGAAACUAGACACCAGCGUGUGGAGCAAUGAGAUCGUUCAGCUCUUUAUAAUGCUUGGCAAUGACAGAGCCAAUGAAUUCUGGGCGGCCAAACUUCUUGCGAAUGAAGAGCUGGACUGUGAUGCCUCUCCAGAACAGCGGAGGGAAUUUAUUACCCACAAGUAUCGUGAGGGCAGAUACCGCCACCCGCAUCCCAGUUUUAACACACAGGAAGAGCUUCUUAAGGCCCUGUGCACCGCGGUGACCGAGCAGAACCUGCUGAAAACAGUCACUCAGAUUUUUGCCGAGGCCGAGGCCGUGCGACUCUCCAACGCGAACGGAAAUGACAAGCGCGUGUCUCCACAUUACUCAUACACGCAGUCUGCAGAUUCCUGUGUGUAUGAUGAGAUCAUGCAGGCCAUCCUGUACUCGGGCUACCUUUACAAGUCAAGCUCCCUCAACAAAGGGACAUUAUCUCGCAGAACCAGAGACGCAGAUUUUCAAAAGUACUGGUGUUCGGUGGAGAAGUCCAUCCUCUUUUAUGAGUCCGACAGAUGUCACGAGCCCAGUUUGAAGAUCGAUGUUAAAGACAUCAUCUGUUUAGGAGUCAGCAGGCCUGACUCCAGCAACAACAGCGGCUUUAUUGACAAAUUUCGAUACACUUUCGAGCUUUACCUCACAUCUGAUAAACUGGUCCAGUUUGGCCUGGAGACUCCGGAUGCGUUGCACAGUUGGGCGAGAGCGAUCGGGAAGGCCACCACCCCUCUCAGCUGUCACUGCCUGCUGGCGCGAGAGUUCGAGCGAGUGGGCGUGCUGCGAUACAAGGCCAUGCUAGACCCACAGCAGUGGAAAGAAGGCUUCUUUGUUCUGCAGAAGUCCAACCUGUUCAUCUGUCCUGGAAAUGACGGCGCCGCUGAGGAUAUCAUAAACCUAAAGCGCCUCCAGGAGCUCAGUAUUGCAUCAGAAACUGAGAACCAUGAGAAGAAGGACAUCCUAGUUCUUGUUGAGAAAGGAAGGACUCUGCAUCUGCAAGGCAUGGGGCGGACAGAUUUCUCUCUGUGGUGCACAGACAUCCAGAAAGCUGCUGGAGGAAAAGGAAACACUCUUAAAGAUCAGCAGCUCAGCAGAAAUGACAUCCCCAUCAUCGUAGACAGUUGCAUUGCCUUUAUAACGCAAUACGGUUUGGCCCAUGAGGGUAUAUACAGGAAAAAUGGUGCUAAGUCCAGAAUCAAACUUCUCAUGGAUGAGUUUCGUAAGGAUGCCCGGAAUGUGAAACUUCGUAUCGGAGACAAUUUCAUCGAGGACGUGACCGAUGUACUGAAGAGGUUCUUCCGGGAAAUCGACGAUCCCAUAUUCAUGGCUGAUCUGCACCCCUUCUGGAGAGAAGCUGCCAAGACACCGCAAAAGACACAGCGAUUGGACCGAUACAAAGAGCUGAUUCGUGGUUUACCGUGGGUCAACAGAACGACAUUAGCUGCGCUCAUCAGCCACCUCUACAGAGUACAGAAGUGUGCUGACCUGAAUCAGAUGUGCACUAAGAACCUGUCCUUGCUGUUUGCUCCAAGCUUGUUUCAGACGGAUGGGAAAGGAGAACAUGAGGUCAAGAUCAUAGAAGACCUCAUUGAUAACUACUUGUAUAUUUUUGAUAUCGAUGAGGAACACCAAACACAGAUUGAACUGGAAAUCAGUUUGAUCACCACCUGGAAACACACGCAGCUCUCACAGGCAGGGGACCUGAUCAUUGAGGUUUAUCUGGAGGAAAAGAUGCCAGACUGCUGCAUCACGCUAAAAGUGUCUCCCACAAUGUGUGCUGAAGAGCUGACCAAUCAGGUGCUGUUCAUGAGAAACAUCCCUGCAGGGGAGAAAGACGUGUGGAUGACAUUUGAGGCCAUUGAGGACGGAGAGCUCGAGCGACCUCUUCACCCCAAAGAGAAAGUUCUGGAGCAGGCCCUGCAGUGGUGUAAAAUGGCCGAUCCCAGCUCUGCAUAUCUGGUGGUGAAGAAGGUGCCCAGAGGAGAAGCAAUAGACAUUUUCACAGCCUACAAGAGUGAGAUAGUAAAGUCUGGAGUUCUGAAGUGUCGGGAUGAGCCGCCCAAACUCCUGCACGGAAACAAAUUCCAGGAGCGAUUAUUUCAAAUUAAAGACCACAAACUGCUUAUGAAGGACAGAAAAAGCAUCAAGCCAGAGAAAGAGUGGCAACUGAAAACCUUGAAGAUAUACAUGGGGAUAAAGAAGAAACUAAAGCCACCCACAAAAUGGGGACUCACUGUGAUAUUGGAUAAACAGCAAAUGUAUCUCAGCUGUUCCUCUGAAACUGAAUCAUGGGACUGGAUGACAAAUUUACUUAAAGCACAGAACGAUGACCUGCGCCCGCCCGUGAUGAGACGGCACUCUUCCUCUGACAUUUCCAAGCAGAAAUUCGGCACAAUGCCACUGGUGCCCAUCAGAGGAGAGGAAAGCAAUACCAACUCCACCAUGCUCUCAGCCAAUCAGACUCUGAGGAAGCUUCACACGAGAAGGGCACUUUCAAUGUUUUUUCCCAUGAAGAUGCAGCAGGACUCGUUUGAGGAGCGCAUUGAAAGUCCCGAGCCUUUGUAUGAGGAUGUGGGCGACUUUGGCCUGCAGGUGCUCAAGUCUUUAGAAACAAGUUUCCUAUCCAGCACUCCUGCUGAGACACAGGAGGUGCCAGCACGGCCCGUCAGCCUCGGACAGAGGAAGACUGCCUCCCUGGAUCGCAUGGUUGGCUUUAACUCGGCUCACACUCUGAGCGGAGAAAGUACCUUGUCCUCUGGUGAAUCUAUAGACAUUCUGGGACAAGAAGAUCACAGUGACUCUCUGCAGGUCACUGGCAGGCCCAGGUCCCAUAGAUCAUGUAGCCCAUGUAGCCCCCAACAAGAAAUGCUGUUACAGGAACUCUCCACUAUGUUCAUCAAGAAACCAGAGUCUAAAAAAACAACACACUACUGAGAACCUUUUCUGAAUCCACAGAUCAUUAGAAAAUUGGCCUAGAUUGGCCCCAAGUGCAAAUUUGCUGUGGAACCUGAAAUUUUCCUUUAUCUUACUGAUAUUGGAUAAUAAGAAUGCAGUAUUAACAUGGUUUGAUUAUUAUUGUAAGUACUGUGCCAAAGCGAACACCAAAAUUAAGAAACAAGUCUGUAAAACUGCUAUUGUUGUUUUUAAAAAGUGGGUUAAAUGUGCUUUGCCAUGUGCAUCUCUUUGUCACACUACACUGACAAACCUCUCAGCAUUUUUCAGCAUGUCACCACUUAUUUUUAUAUGUCUUUUUAUUGUAUUAUUUGUACCUAAAGAUGAAAUUACAUUUGAUUUAAAUUUAAUAUCUGUUUUAAAUAUUUUUUAUUGUUUCUUGGCUCAGUAAUGCAGUGUUUUCUGUAUGACAGUAAGACGUGAACCUUAAUGCAUGUUGUGUGCAUUACAUAAACAGUAGUCUUGUUAAAACAUUUAUGUGGGUAUUCCUUGGCUUCAUACAGAAAAUUAAAUGACUGUUGUUUGGGAUCAGUUCUCCUGAGACUUCAAACUGUUUUGAUACAGUUUAUUGUAUUUAUUGAAUUAUUUAUAUAGACUAUUUGAAGAAUGAUCAAAGAAGUGAAGGAAAUGAAAAAAAUGAAGGCAAUCACUGGAAUUAUUUUCAGGUUUGACAAUAGAGGGCAGUAUAGAUACAUGUCCUGACAAUCUGCUUCAGCAUUUUCAAAUUUUCACUCCUCUUUACAGGCAUUUAUUCAAGGCAUGUACUGUAUAAAGUCUAAUAACAAAAUAAAUAUGUGAUUUCACCCCAGCCUUCUCUUUUAUUUUAUCAAUGAAAUUUCCCUGUUUUUGCAAACCUUUG